AAAGAAUGGACUGUUUAAUUUCUUCUUCUAGAGAGCGUUCUGCAUCCAUACCACUGUGAAAUAUCUGUCAUUGUAUCUCUUUUGAUUGGCUAUUUUGGCCCAAUACUAAAACAACCCCCGUUUUUCCUUCCAGGCAAUGGUGGCGUGUUACCCUGGUGAUGGGACAGGAUAUGUACGGCAUGUGGAUAACCCAAACGGUGAUGGGAGAUGUGUCACAUGCAUAUAUUACCUGAAUAAAAACUGGGAUGCCAAGAAACACGGUGGCCUUUUGCGGAUCUUUCCAGAGGGAACUGCUCAGUUUGCAGACAUUGAGCCCAAGUUUGACAGACUUUUGCUCUUCUGGUCAGACAGACGGAACCCACAUGAGGUCCAGCCGGCUCAUGCCACAAGGUAUGCUAUUACGGUGUGGUAUUUUGACGCCGAUGAACGAGCUCGAGCUAAAGAGAAAUAUCUAACAGGUGCAGGUGAAAGGGGUGUGAAAAUGGAGCUAAACAAGCCAUCUGAGCCCAGCUAGUGAACAAGGGAUGAAUAAAAAAAACAAAAGAGUGUGCAGGGUUGGACCUCUGGAGUGUUGCUGCCUGCUGCUGAGAGAUGAUGAGCAGAGAGGAAGUGACUACUUCUCUUGCUCACCUCUCCAUCUGUCAUCUAGAAGGGGCUUCUCAUAGGGACUCUGGAUGUGAUGGAGCUGUGAAGACAGAUGUGAAUUAACAUGCUUUGUGUUUCCUUAAUGAAGAAUGCUGGCUUACUUGAGCAUAGGACGGACAUCAAACUAAACUUAAGAGUGUGUGUGUGUGUGUGUGUGUGUGUGUGUGUGUGUCUGUGCGUGCACUUGUGUUCAAAACAAGUUUAAUUUGAGCUAUAACCUCUACAUUUCCCUGCCAUCAGCUUUGCACAUGUGUUAAUAAAGGUACAGGUUUGUUUGGCAAUGCUGCAAAGUGCGUACACAGAAAAACCAUUUUCAAGGUUAUAAGCUCGGUGUGAUGUGUUAUUCUGCUUGUAAGCCACUGUAAUUAUUUGAUUUGUGUUUUUGUAUGGCUCGUAAUACCAUUUUCCAGGGACUCCUAAUUGGAGCGUGCUUCUUUAUCGCGGCUUGCACCUGUUGCUUAGUAACCAGGUGCAUCGCUGGAUCGUCUUUGCCAGUAAUCAGCGAUAUGUCUGUUGUUGCAGACCGUAACGUCUCUCCAUCUUAUGCCAAACUUGACACCUCAUGUCUGUCUUAACAGUUCUGAGUUUUAAAUAAAAAAAUCAGGUUUCCUAAAUACA